CUUAAUACAUAAGACACCAUACACACUGUAAUCUAAAUUCAAUUAUGGGUGAAAUUUCAGAUUUCAGUUUAAUCUUAAUUUUAUGAUAUCAUUAGACGUUUAAAUACUGGCAUCGUCAAACACAAACAGCAUUUCUUCGCGAUUAGUAUUGAAAUGAAGCUGUUCUUUUUACUUGUGUGUUUAUUCAUAGAAAGAGGGACUCCGUUAUGCCAAAAGUGCUUUCCUUCUGAUUUCUUAUGGGGAACUGCAACAUCCUCUUAUCAAAUAGAGGGGGCCUGGAACAUCAGCGAUAAGGGAGAGAACAUUUGGGAUUGGUUUGUUCAUACCUACCCAGAGAACAUCACCAACCAAGGAAAUGGAGACAUUGCAUCUGAUUUCUACCAUCACUAUGAAGAAGAUAUAGAUUUAAUGGCUAAUUUGAGUGCACAAGUUUAUAGAAUGUCUUUGUCCUGGGCCCGGAUAUUACCAAAUGGCAAACGAGAUUAUAUCAGUGAAGAGGGGGUCAACUUUUACAAGACUAUUUUUGAGAAACUAAGGUCGAAAAACAUAGAGCCAGUAGUAACAAUUUAUCACUGGGAAUUGCCCAUGACAAUGCAUGAACUAGGGGGUUGGGUGAAUCCAGAAAUGGCGGACUACUUUGCCGAUUACGCAAGUGUGUGUUACGAACUUUUUGGAAGUUAUGUAAAGUACUGGGUGACUGUAAACGAACCUUACAUGCAAUGUAUCCAAGGUUAUGGAAGCGGUAUCCAUGCACCUGGAAUAACAGAUACAGGAGUUGCGGAUUACCAGUGUUUAUAUGCUCAACUUUUGGCGCAUGCAAAGGCAUAUCAUAUCUAUAAUGAUACUUUCAAAGCAACACAAAAUGGCACAGUAGGUAUAGCAUUGGUAAGUCAAUGGUAUGAACCUCUUACUGACAGCGAGGAAGACAAAUUGGCAGUAGAGCGUGGAAUGCAAUGGAUGUGGGGACUCCAGAUGAACCCUAUUAUAUAUGGUAAUUGGCCACAAAUAGUUAUUGAUCGAAUUGGCAAUUUCAGCAUUGCGCAAGGCUUAAACAGUUCCAGACUUCCAGAGAUUACCCAAAAAGACACCGCUUUAAUCAAAGGAUCUUUCGACUUUGUGGGAUUAAAUUAUUACACGACGUUCUAUGCUUCCGCAAUGACCGAAAACAUUAGCGACAUCAGUUACAAUUCGGAUAGGGGCAUUAUUCAAUCUUCUGAUAAAAAUUGGGUUCUUGGAGCAAAUACUUGGUUGCACGACGUACCCUCCGGCCUCCGAAAAAUUCUGAAAUGGAUAUCCAUAAAUUACCGUAGUCCGAGGAUUUUAAUCACUGAAAACGGAUGGUCAGAUUUACCAGAAGUGGUGAAUGAUACUGAAAGAAUAAAUUACAUACAGGGUCAUACUUGCAGUUUAUUACAAGCAAAAUAUGUAGAUCAAGUGGAUGUUUUUGGUUAUAUCUACUGGAGUUUAACAAAUAGUUUUGAAUGGAAGACCGGAUACUCUGAGGGAUUUGGACUUAUACAAAUCGACUUUAACAGCCCCAAUCGUACUAGAACACCCAGAGCAUCUUACUAUUAUUAUAAAAAUCUUAUAGAAACUAACUGUUUGAAACACUGUGCAUUUAGGUAGUGCAUUAAAAUCUUAGGACACACCAAAACUGUUAAAUCAUAUACAUAAUAUAGAGAAGCAUAAUCAAUUCUGUCAGAACCAGAACAUUUAUAUAAAUUAUAAACGUCCAAUUUUAUAGGAGAGUUGAAAAACAGUUUUUU